GAAUGAGAAGAGAAGUUGAAAGCCAUGAGUGAAGUUGAGGGUAAGAUGAGAGAAAUGCAAAACGAAAAUGGUAAGUUAAGGAAGGAAGUGAUGAAUUUGGAAGCAAAGUUGAGUGAAAGAGAAGAAGAGAAGUUGAAAGUGUUGAAAGAGAUGAGUGAGGUUGAGAACAAAGUGAGAGAAUUGGAGAAGAUGAGCAAAGAAAAAGAUGAGACAUUGUUGGUUCGUGAAGAAGAAAAGAGGGAAGCCAUAAGGCAGCUUUGUCUCUUGAUUGAUUACCACCGUACCUGCUCUGACCAUCUCAAGCAAUCCAUCUCCACCCUAACUGUUAGACUUGGAAUCAAGAAAAAGACCUGAACUUUGCC